AUGGAAUCAGCAAUGGAGAAUAUAACGGAAAUGGAGAGUGAGAGAGUUGAACAGGGCAUCGAUAAGGAAAUUGAAACUGAAGAGCAAAGUCAGGAUAACGUAAAGGAAACCGAGAAUACAAAUCCAGGAGAGACAGUAGGAGAGGAAGCUAUCGUCGAGGAACAUAAAGAUUCUCAUUGUCCCAUGGUUAUUGAAGAAAGUAGUUCUUUAGAUUCUAGCAAGGUGACUCCUAUCCUUGAGAAGGGAACCAACGAUGAUGAUCCACUGAAGAUUGAUGAUGAGAAAGCCCAAGAUGAGAAGAAUUCCCAAUUAGAAGCAAGUUCACAUCUAGGUCCUUCUCCUUCAGUGACUUUAGAUCCUGAAGAAGGGUUAGUAGAGCCUACUGUGGAAGAACAUAACAUAGGGUCCAGUGAAGUAAAUUCAGAUAUAUUGAAAAAUGACGGAGAUUCUGUCAUGGUUGACAAUGAUAAUGCAGUAGUCCAUGGAGAAAAAACUACAAUACCUGAUACCAAACUCUCUGACGAAGAAGGAUCACCACAGCGUCAUGCCAAUACCAUGAUGGAGCUGGACAAAGCUGCAGAAGAACAUGAGAUGAUGUCCUCUGGAGACCGUAACGAAUUUCCAGUCAGUCCUGAUACCAAACUCUCGGAGAACAGAGGAUCACUGCAUCAUCAUGCUAAUACUGUGAUGGAGCAGGACAAAGCUGCAGAAGAACAUGAGAUGAUGUCCUCUGGGGACCGUAACGAAUUUUCAGUCAGUUCUGAUACCAAACUCUCGGAGAACAGAGGAUCACCGCAUCAUCAUGCUAAUACUGUGAUGGAGCAGGACAAAGCUCCAGAAGAACAUGAGAUGAUACCCUCAGGAGACCGUAACGAAGUUCCAGUCAGUCCUGAUACCAAACUCUCGGAGGACAUAGGAUCACCGCAUCGUCGUGCUGAUACUGUGAUGGAGCCGGAAAAAUCUGCAGAAGAACAUGAGAUGUUAUCCUCAGGAGACCAUAACGAAUUUCCAGUCAGUCCUGAUACCAAAGUUGUUAAGGAGAACAAUGACAGGAUAGACGAGGAUGAGGCUAACAAUAUGAAUUUGGCUGACCAUGGAAGUGGACCAGUCGAUCAUGAUCAAGGAACCGUAACGGAGCUUCACAAAGAGGCAGAGGUGCCUGAAUCUGAGACCAUAUCGAAACUGGACAAUAAGCCAUCCGAGUCUCUCAUAGAAACCUCAAUGAACGAGGAAAAAGAGCCAGACGUGCCUGCCACUGAAAAUUUGACAGACAAUGACGAAAACUCUGAUGUGUUGGCCACUGGAGUUUCAGGAGACACUGAGAAAGAGUUAUCUCUCUUGCCUGCUACCCAAACUUUAUCUGAUCAUAACGAAGGAAUGACUACACUUGAGGCUGAACCUACGGAAGACAUGAAACUUGACAUCCCCGAUUCUGAGCUGGUUGCUGAUACUUUUGUUGACUCUAGUAAUAACAAGGAUGUGAAUGUCGAGGCUCCUACUAACGCUGAAGAGAAAUAUAAUUCUGUAGCACCUGAAGGAAAUGAUGCUGAUAAUGGAAGUGCAUCAGUGAGACGUGAACCUGGUCCUCCUUGUGUUGCAUCUUCCGAUAUAAAGACUGAAGUGGUGAUAAGUGGAGAUAUGAAUAAUGGAGUCCACAAAAUAGAUAUGGCACCACCUGCUAUUGAUGGGACCAUGAUUGCAAAGCGCUCUUUCCUCUUGGAUGAUAUGUCGGAUGGUAAUGAAUCUGGAACGGAGGAGGAUCAAUCUGAUUUUAUGAAAGAAUUAGAUCAGUUUUUUAGAGAAAGAAAAAUGGAAUUCAAACCUCCAAAGUUUUAUGGGGAGGCACUAAACUGCCUUAAGUUGUGGAGAGCUGUAACUAGAUUAGGCGGUUAUGACAAGGUUACUGGUUGCAAACUAUGGCGACAAGUAGGAGAGUCUUUCCGGCCCCCAAAGACAUGUACUACAGUAUCAUGGACGUUCCGAGGUUUCUACGAAAAGGCUCUUCUUGAAUAUGAACGGCACAAAGUCAUGGCAGGUGAACUUCAUGUACCCCUUGCUUCUGAACCAGAACCAAUGAAUAUUGACAAUCAGGCUUCUGGAUCAGGUAGAGCGAGGAGAGAUUCAGCAGCACGUGCUAUGCAAGGUUGGCAUUCACAGCGCGCUAAUGGUAACGGUGAAGUUAGUGACCCCGCAAUGAAGGAUAAGAAUUUAGUCCUUCAUCAAAAGCGCGAAAAACAGAUAGGAACCACCCCUGGUAUGCUCAAACGCAAGAGGCCAUCGUCUGCUGAACAUGGUGUAAAAAGUGCUGUCCAAGUCUCUAAACCCAUGUUGGAUGUGACAGUUGUUGAUGUUGGACCACCAGCUGACUGGGUGAAAGUUAACGUACAGAGGACGCAAGAUUGCUUUGAGGUGUAUGCAUUAGUCCCAGGAUUAGUCCGGGAAGAGGUCCGAGUCCAAUCAGAUCCGGCAGGGCGGUUAGUAAUUAGUGGCGAACCAGAGAACCCUAUGAAUCCCUGGGGAGCUACUCCUUUCAAAAAGGUGGUAAGUUUACCGACAAGAAUUGAUCCGCAUCACACAUCGGCUGUGGUAACCCUCAACGGUCAGUUAUUCGUCCGCGUGCCUCUCGAGCAAUCUGAUUAG